CUCUCUCUCUGUAUAUAUACCAAUUAACAGAAACACAGAUAAAUAAACAAACCAAUACACAAACAUCUAUAUAAUAUAAUUCUCUGAGUUCAAUAUAAAGAAGCGCAAGAUAAGAGACGGAAGAAGAUGGGGGUAGAUUACUAUAAGAUAUUGCAGGUGGACAAGAAUGCAAAAGAUGAAGAUUUGAAGAAAGCUUAUAGAAAGCUGGCUAUGAAAUGGCACCCUGACAAGAACCCAACCAACAAGAAAGAAGCCGAGGCCAAAUUCAAGCAGAUCUCCGAAGCCUAUGAGGUUCUGAGUGAUCCACAGAAGAGGGCAAUCUAUGAUCAAUACGGCGAGGAAGGACUUAAAGGUGAAGUGCCGCCGCCUAACGCCGGCGGGGCUGGUGGGACGACGUUCUUCCAUACAGGGUCAGGGGAUGGGCCAAAUGUGUUUCGAUUCAACCCCAGAAAUGCUAAUGAUAUUUUCGCUGAAUUCUUUGGAUUUGGUGGGAUGGGAGGUGGGAUGAGAGGGAAUUCAAUGUUCUCCAGUUCAUUGUUUGGGGAUGAUAAUAACUUCAGUUCAUUUGGAGAUGGCAGACCGAUGAAUUCAGUGCCACGAAAAGCACCUCCAAUUGAAAGAAAGUUGCCUUGCAGCCUUGAAGAGCUUUACAAGGGAACCACUAAGAAGAUGAAAAUCUCCAGGGAGAUUGCUGAUAUGAGUGGGAAGACAUUGCCAGUAGAAGAGAUCUUAACUCUUGACAUCAAACCAGGCUGGAAGAAGGGAACAAAGAUCACAUUUGCAGAGAAAGGAAACGAGGAGCCGAAUCUCAUCCCUGCAGAUCUUGUAUUCAUAAUCGACGAAAAGCCCCAUAGCACCUUCACAAGAGAAGGGAAUGAUCUUGUUGUCACACAGAGAAUCUCUCUCGCAGAAGCUUUAACAGGCUACACUGUCCAUUUGACAACUCUAGAUGGAAGAAAACUCACCAUUCCUAUCAACUCUGUCAUUCAUCCAGGCUAUGAAGAGGUUGUCCCAAAAGAAGGGAUGCCAAUUGCCAAAGAGCCCACAAAGAGAGGCAAUUUGAGGAUCAAGUUUAACAUCAAGUUCCCAGCAAGGGUGACUCCAGAGCAGAAGUCUGGAAUCAAGAAAUUGCUUGCUUCUUGA